AUGUGGAAGUUGAAGAUAGGAGAGGGAAAUGGAGAAGAUCCGUAUCUGUUCAGCAGCAAUAACUUCGUCGGGCGUCAAACAUGGGAGUUCGAUCCUAAAGCGGGCACACCGGAAGAACGAGCGGCCGUUGAAGAAGCUCGCCAAAGUUUCUUGGACAACCGUUCUCGUGUUAAAGGGUGCAGUGAUCUCUUGUGGCGAAUGCAAUUUUUGAAAGAGGCGAAAUUCAAGCAAGUGAUUCCGCCGGUGCAUAUUGGCGACAGCGAAGUUAUAACUCAUGUAAAAACGACAAAGGCGUUACGGCUAGGAGUUGCUUUCUUCUCAGCCUUGCAGGCCUCUGACGGCCACUGGCCUGCGGAGAUAACCGGACCUCUCUUCUUUCUUCCUCCGUUGGUAUUUUGUUUGUAUAUAACAGGGCAUCUCGAGGAGGUAUUCGGUCCAGAGCAUCGCAAAGAGAUGCUUCGACAUGUCUACUGUCAUCAGAACGAAGAUGGUGGAUGGGGAUUACACGUUGAGAGUAAGAGCGUUAUGUUCUGCACCGUGCUGAAUUACUUAUGCUUGCGUAUGCUCGGAGAAGGUCCGGACGGAGGAAAAGAAAACGCAUGUAAACGGGCAAGAAAAUGGAUUAUUGACCGUGGUGGUGUGACUUAUAUUCCUUCUUGGGGAAAAGUUUGGUUAUCGGAAGACAUGUAUUUUCCCCACCCUCUAAUUCAAGAUUUGCUAUGGGACACUCUUUACGUCGUUGUGGAGCCAUUCCUUACCCGUUGGCCUUUGAAUAAGCUUGUGAGGGAAAAAUCUCUUCGGCUGGCAAUGGAACACAUACAUUACGAAGACGAGAAUAGCCAUUAUAUCACCAUUGGAUGUGUUGAGAAGGCAUUGUGCAUGCUUGCUUGCUGGGUUGAAAAUCCUAAUGGAGACCACUUUAAGAAGCAUCUUUCUAGGAUUCCAGAUUACAUGUGGGUCGCCGAAGAUGGAAUGAAAAUGCAGAGCUUUGGAAGUCAACUAUGGGAUACAGCGUUUGCGGUUCAAGCUAUACUUGCUAGUGAUAUCUCUGAUGAAACCAAUGAUGUACUCAAGAAAGGACAUGAUUACAUUAAGAUAUCUCAGGUUAGAGAAAACCCUUCUGGUGACUUUAAGAACAUGUAUCGCCACAUGUCCAAAGGAGCAUGGACUUUUUCUGAUCGAGAUCAUGGGUGGCAAGUUUCCGACUGUACAGCUGAAGCUUUCAAGUGUUGCCUUCUGCUCUCUAUGAUGCCAGUUGAGGUUGUUGGUCAGAAAAUAGAUCCCGAACAGUUAUACGAUUCUGUUAAUAUUCUACUAUCUUUUCAGAGCAAGAAUGGAGGUAUGACUGCUUGGGAGCCUGUUCGUGCAUAUAAAUGGAUUGAAUUUCUUAAUCCCACCGAAUUUCUUGCUAAUAUUGUGGCUGAGUGUGAGUACGUGGAAUGCACAUCAUCGGUCCUACAAGCUUUGGCGCUGUUCAAGCAACUCUAUCCAGGUCAUAGGGCAAAAGAAAUCAGCAUGUUCAUUGAGAAAGCGGUGCAAUUCAUAGAAAACAAUCAAAUGGCAGAUGGUUCAUGGUAUGGGAAUUGGGGUGUAUGUUUUAUUUACGCCACUUGGUUUGCUCUUGGCGGUCUAGCAGCCGGUGGUCGAACAUAUGAAAAUAGCCAGGUAAUGCGUAAAGGUGUUGAGUUUUUGCUCACGACACAAAAAGAUGAUGGAGGUUGGGGAGAAAGCUAUUUGUCAUGCCCUGAACAGAGAUACAUACCAUUAGAAGGGAAAAGAACCAACCUUGUGCAAACCUCUUGGGCAAUAAUGGGUCUAAUUCUUGGAGGACAGGCCGAGAAAGAUCCAAUACCUCUUCAUCGUGCUGCUAAACUUAUCAUCAAUUCACAACUGGAAAAUGGAGAUUUCCCUCAACAGUCAAAAGCCGAGGAAAGCGUAGUAAACGCGGACACGGUUGAUUUUGGCUUAUCUCCAUCCUAUCAUCUUCUUAAGUUUCAAGCUUAG